AUGACCUCACAUUCUGGCAAUGUGCAUGGUGGCCCUUGUAAACGCCACAAGGGCUCUCCGCUUUAUCCUGAAUUUGCUGAUGAUGUGCCAGACAAGAUGGUGGAAUGUUUUGCGGCUCUGCUCAACUUCUGCUACCUAGCCCUGCAGUCAGCACACGACAAUGAUACCCUUGCUCUGAUGCAGAAGUCCCUAGACCAGUUCCAUCAGCACCGAACAAUCUUCGAGGAGGCGGCAUCUGUCCCGAUGGCUUCAUGCAGCCUCAACAUUUGGACAUUACAUAACAGCAAUCAGAAAAUUUGGCUCUCCAAAUGGAGUCUAAAAAAUGUGCUGGGGCAGAUGCUUGUCACUAACCAGUGCCUCGAAAAGCUAGCUGUGAUGUGCGCGGUGCUUGAGGGCUGCGGGAUGCUGAAAGGGUCUGUUCUCGCUGACGCAAUGCUCGAGGUGGGCUUGCUGAAUCCCCAGGACUUGAAUGAAGAACAUAUUCGAAACAAUUACAGUGUAGAUAGUGACAACGUGGAUGUCCAUGAUGUGGAGGGACCAGGGGUGAUGUCUUACGUGGAAAUUGGGAAGAAGCUAGCAUAUUCACAGAGCAUGCAGUCUCUCGCAAAUGAGCUCAACAAACCAGAUCUCAAAUUCCUCAUUCUGCGGUUUGUCUUUGAGCAACUGCAAGAUGCUGCCAUUCCACACGACAGCAGCAACAUCGAUGUGGAUGAUCUGCCAUCCGUGGGCCACCGAGUUCAUGUCUACCAGUCUGCUAGUGCAACCUUCUUCGCCCCUAGUGAGCUCGCUGGCAACAGGGAAUGCAUCGCGAGGUCAUUUGCUCAAACCCACACUGGCGAAAUGAGAUGGGAUGAAAGACCUGACCCUGUGAUGGGGGUCUAUGGUGAUACCCAUAUAUACCCAAUGAUUUUCACUUCUCUUACUCUUUAG